AUGCUCUACAGUCUUGCCUCGCUCCUACUGCUGACUACUAGCACCUCGGCUGCAGUAGUGAGUAGAAAAGUACCUGCUGGCUUUGUCACAACCAAAGGCAAUGUCUUCAAGCUAGAUGGAAAAGACUUCUACUUCGCCGGCAGCAAUGCCUACUACUUUCCCUUCAACGACCUUCAAUCGGAUGUAGAAGCUGGCCUCGGUGCAGCUAAGAAGGCGGGCUUGAAUGUCUUCAGGACGUGGGGUUUCAACGACCGAAACAGGACAACUCUCGCAAACGGACUACCCCAGUACGGUGGUGAAGGUGCUGGUCCCAGUCCAAACGUCCUGCAAUGGUGGAACAACGGCACACAAGAGAUCAACCUAGAGCCGUUCGAUAAAGUCGUCAAGGCUGCGGAAAAGACAGGAAUGAAGCUGAUCGUUGCUUUGACUAACAACUGGGCCGACUAUGGUGGCAUGGAUGUAUACACGAUCAAUCUGGGCUACAAGUACCAUGACGAUUUUUACCAUGUUCCAGCCAUAAAAAAGGCGUACAAGAAGUACGUAAAGGCAAUUGUCAAACGUUACGCGAAGUCCUCAGCUAUCAUGGCGUGGGAACUGGCAAAUGAACCCAGAUGCGGUGCCGAUGGCGUGCGCAACCUACCCCGUAGUGAGAACUGCACACCCGAGAUAAUCACGGAAUGGAUCGAUGAGAUGAGUACAUACGUCAAGUCGCUUGACAAAGACCAUCUUGUUACAUGGGGUGGUGAGGGAGGUUUUAACAGACCCAGCGAUGACGGCUUUUACAACGGAUUCGAUGGUGGAGACUAUGACAAAGAAUUGGCGCUCAAGAACGUCGAUUUUGGUACCUUCCACACUUAUCCCGAUUGGUGGUCAAAGAGCGUCGAGUGGGCUAACCAGUGGAUCAUCGAUCACGCCUCAGCCUCUCGUGCAGUCGGAAAGCCAGUGGUACAUGAAGAGUACGGUUGGUUGACCGAUGACAAAAGACAAGAGUAUCUAAGCAAGACUUCGAAUGUCACUAGACUCGAAGCCAUUGGACUAUGGCAAGCUACCAGUCUGAAGGAGAAGAUGCCAGACAUGUACUGGCAAUUUGGUUAUUCAGGCUUCUCGUACGGAAGGAAUCAUGACGACGGGUUCACAAUAUACCUGGACGAUGCUGAGGCUAAACAACUCGUUUACGAGCACGCGAAGAAGGUCAAUGCUCUCAACAAGAAGUGA